UUUGAUUGGCUUCAUAUGGAGGGGACCAUACUAUAAUAAGUUUCUUUGUUCUAAAGGGUAUUAAGACAUGGAGAGCAUCAUGACUGACUUGUAUAAUAUAAUUCUAAUUCUAUGCCUCUGCAAUUCAAAUUCUUUACUACAUGUUCUGUUGUGAACUUUGUGCUUUUCAUGGGUUCUUCACUAGCUUAAUGCUCAUGAGUUGAUAUAUGUGUUUUGUCCAGGAAAAGAAUUGUGAUCCAUUAACCAUUUUUAGACCAAAUGACUUGGCCUGUGCAUGGGAAUGUUCCUUAGGAAGCUUGAAUUUUAUAUUUGUACUAGGUCUAGGUGCGACUGUUACUCCACCAUUAGAAUUUAAACCAACCUUGGCAUCUUUUGUUGCCCAUUACUCAUCCCAAAACCUCAAUUAGAGUAGCAACUCCAUUUUUGGGACCUUGAAUGGACUCAGAACAUCAAAAUAGUUCACUCAAGUGCUCUUCAUCACAAAUGCUCCCAGACCCAAAGUGCACCAACCCUUUUUGUUUCUUUUGCUCCAUGAAUGAACCAGACCCAUCUCUUAGAAGAGCCAAAAUGGUCCAGUGUUUCAAAGAAAUGGCUCUCAGAGAUGACCAAGAACAUGUCUUGGUCUUAAGUGGGCUCUGGAACAUUGCCAUGACUCAACCUGAUGACCCUGAAUUCCCAUCUCUUGGCAUCUUUGAGUGCAUGGGGAAACUUAUAGACAGAGGCAUCAAAGAUAAAGAAUGGCUGCUUAGAGGCCAAAACAUCUAUAUCCCGUACUAUGCUGCUCAUAUCAUUGGCUCCUAUACCAUGAACAAGGCUGAAUUUGCAGAAAGUGCAGUUACCUUGGGAGUGGUUUUGCCUUUAAUGGAGCUUCUUAGAGGUAAGAUCACAUGGGUAGAGCAAAGAGUUGCGAUCCGAGCACUAGGUCACCUAGCUAGCCAUGAAAGAACCUUUGAAGUCAUUGCUGAGCGUGAAGAGGAGAUCAUAGAGCUGGCCAUGGAGUUAGCUUGCAAUUGCCUUAAAACAAUUUAUAUAAAGUUUCUUGGUGUAAAGGAUAGCAAGAGACUGAAGUACCACUGCGACCUGCUCACAAGAGGGCUUGGAGGGAGAGAGAUAGAAAAUAGAAAGGCAGAGGAAUGGGCUAGCCAGUUACAGUGCUGGUCUCUGUAUCUCUUAAACUGCUUUGCAUGUAAAGGAAGAUCUGUUAGUCUCAUCUGCAAGAAACACUUCUUGAAGGAUCUGUGUGGCAUGUGGGGUGGCUUAGGGAACCGCACAUCACCUGGUGGGAUUGGACUCAUAAGAAGUUUAUGCAACACUAAAACUGGAAGAGAAAGUAUAGCAAAUGUGGAACAAGUGAUAUUGAGUCUCUGCAAAACUUCAAGGUCAUCUGAUGAUUGGCAGUACAUGGCCAUAGAUUCUCUUCUCUUACUGCUUAAAGACACAGACACCAGAUAUAAAGUCAUAGACGUCGCCGCUUUGUUUCUGGCUGACUUGGUUGAGCUAAGAAGCUUAAAUGAAAGAACCAAAAUUGGAGAAGCAAUCACACAGACACUAUUACAAGAUUACCACAAGAUCAAAUAUGGAGGCUUGAGUUUGAAGAGCCAAAGUGCGGAGGAAGCAUUAAAGGAGAUAUGGGAAUUGAAGGUAGAAAGAAGAAAGAGAGAGCAGCUAAUUUCUGAAAAAGAAUUGAAGGAGAGAAAAGACUUGGCCCGCAUAUUAAAACAAGAAGGAAAUAAGAAGUUCUGGUCUGGCUACACUGAAAAAGCUGUCACCAAGUACACAAAAGCUUUGGAUUUGUGCCCACUAAAGAUGAGAAAAGAAAGAAUAGUUCUUUAUAGUAACAGAGCUCAGGGUUUUUUGUUGCUUAGAAAACCAGAAGCAGCCAUUAGUGACACCACAAGAGCUCUAAGCCUAUCCAGUGCUGAGAGACCUCACAGUAAGAGCCUGUGGAGAAGAUCACAGGCUUACGACAUGAAAGGGAUGGCUAAGGAGAGCUUGAUGGAUUGUUUAAUGUUCGUCAAUGGCCGCAUGAAAUCUGAACAAACCAAGCAUGACAAGAUCCCAUACUACGCAGCUCAAAUGAUCAAAAAGCAAAUGAAUGCCACGUGGAUUUUUGCAGGUAUGAAGUCAAAGAACAAACUUGAAGAAAAAGCAAACAAAUCCAAUGGAGGCAAUCAUGGAGAUCAAACAGAAAAAAGGCAUCCCCACUAUUAUUCCAGAAGAAUAGUAGGCUGAAAAGCGGUGGGCGAAGCAAAGCAAGCCAGAUAGGGCAAAACGUAGGAGAGAGGUCGCGGGAAUCAGUGCUGACUUUGCACGUGUGAACAAGAGCUGCGACUGUCAGGAUACUAAGGCCUUGUUUGGUUCAAAAUUGUCUAUUUCAAAUGAAGUACUUCCUGAGAGGUUACUUAUAAAUAAUUUAUUUCAUGAAAAGUAUGAUUUUAAUGUGUUUA